CUUGCAAUUGGUAUUGUUGCCCCCACUUUGAUCCAUUUUUCAUUUGUCAUUUUACCUUUCUCUAAUUUCACUUUUCAGGAGGCUUUUUCUCCCCCAUUGGAGGCAAAAUGGCCAAUGCAGCUUCAGGAAUGGCGGUGAACGACGAGUGCAAGCUCCGGUUUUUGGAGCUAAAAACGAAGAGGACCUACCGGUUCAUCCUCUUCAAGAUUGAGCAGCAGCAGGUUGUCAUUGACAAGCUCGGCGGACCUAAUGAGAGCUAUGAUGAUUUCACUGCCAGUUUUCCUCCCGAUGAGUGUCGUUACGCGGUUUAUGAUUUUGAUUUCAUCACCAAUGAGAACUGCCAGAAGAGCAAGAUUUUCUUCAUUGCAUGGUCUCCGGACACAUCUAAGGUGAGAAUGAAAAUGGUGUAUGCAAGUUCCAAAGACAGAUUUAAGAGAGAAUUGGAUGGCAUUCAGUUCGAGUUGCAAGCAACAGAUCCUAGUGAAAUGAGCUUGGACAUUGUUAGAGGACGAACCUUCUAA